AUGCGUGGGCGUGCGCGCAUGCGCGUUCGUGUCGGAGCGCCGAGCGUCACCCGGAUGGAGGCAGCAGGCCUGCGCGCAUGUCCUCAGUCACACUCAGCCGUGAGCCACCUUGGCUGCGAGUUUCCUGGUUCCGGAGUUAUUCUACCAAAGGCCGGGGGAGUAUGUCCCCUAGCCCUCUGGUCAGCCGUGCGGCAGCCUCCGUCAGUCUGUUUUCACCUCUGCCGGUUUCAAGUCUGCUGUCUGGCGGCAUCGGUGCGGUCAGUUUAA